UUUUGCUUAAAUAAUGAAAGUCAUGUGUAUAAUUAUAGUUUCAUUUUGAUAUGUCGUGAACUUUUGAUAUAAACUUGCAUAGUUAAAAUUAAAAAGUAAAACUGGAAGUGUUGCGGGUGAUUACUGCCACAGUGCCAGUGCUAAGUUAACUUUAAUUUUAAUACCGAUUUGCACAAAAAAAUAAGUGAUGAAGUUAUAAAACAUACUAUAGAAAGUAUUACCACAUUAUUAAUAUUAUUAUGAAAAACACUUCAUUGACAUUUAUUGUAAUAAAACGUAAGAAGGUUAUAGUAGCACCAAAAACACAGAAGACAAAACAACUGGCACCAUGUCAUUUUCCGUUUCCAUAUCCGAUAUACAGCAGAUGUCAAUAAAUAAAAGAAGUAUGUGGCGGGAAUGGAACCGCCUACCAAGAUUUCUUCGAUUCGUCAUCAUUAUUUUGUUGGUAGUUUGCUUUCUGUCACUGAUUUAUGUGUAUUCUGCAUUUAGAGAACUCCCACUUAAAAUGAAGAAAAGUAAACUUGUCCAACAGAAUGAUAUUACAAAAAUCACCUUCCCUAUUUCUUUUACGGAAUCUUUAAAGAAAGAUCAGCAAGUUAAGCCACAAAAUAAUGAGCAAAUUGAAGUAUUUGGUAAAGGACAACAAAUUGAAACUCCUCACAAUAAGAGCAAGAAAGAAGUCAAGAAAGUAACUUCAAAAGACGUAGUAAAACAAAUUUUGGGACAGAAAGAAGAAAAACCUUUUGAAGCAGCUGGUCCAACCAACCCAUAUCAAAAAGCUGUUGUUGAUGCGUUCAAGCAUGCUUGGAAAGGAUAUAGAGAAUAUGCAUGGGGUCAAGAUCAUUUAAAACCUGUAUCCAAGUCCUUUCAUAACUGGUUUGGAGUAGGUCUCACUUUAAUUGAUGCUCUGGAUACAAUGUAUGUUAUGGGUCUGAAAAAAGAGUUCCAGGAAGCUAGAGAAUGGAUUGCUAACAAAUUAAACUUUAAUAUCAACAAAGAUGUGAAUUUCUUUGAAACAACCAUUCGUGUACUGGGAGGACUUUUGAGCACAUACCACCUAACUCAAGAUAGCUUAUUUUUGGAAAAAGCAAUUGACAUUGGGAACCGUCUAAUGCCCUGCUUUAAGACUCAGUCUGGUGUUCCUUACUCUGAUGUUAAUCUACAGUCUGGCACUGUUCACCCUCCUUCAUGGAGCAUUGACAGCUCUGUGUCUGAAGUGUCCACUAUUCAACUGGAGUUUCGAGAUCUCAGUCGUGUAACUGGCAGAACUGAGUAUGAGGAAGCAGCUUUUCACGUUUCCAAACACUUGCAUACUUUGCCCAAAAAGGAUGGACUUGUGCCAAUGUUUAUUAAUACUGAUACGGGUAAGUUUCGUACUCGAUCCACUAUCACUCUUGGAGCUCGAGCAGAUACUUAUUAUGAAUACCUUUUGAAGCAGUGGAUUCAAACUGGAAGAAACAUAACAUGGUUAAAAGAAGACUACAUGGAAGCAAUUGAAGGUGUCAUGAAAAACCUUGUUCGUAAGAGUAAACCAAAUCAAUUGGUGUUUGUUGGUGAACUCUUAAAUGGAAAAAAAUAUAGUCCAAAAAUGGACCACCUGGUUUGCUUCCUCUCUGGGACCCUUGUUCUUGGUUAUCAUUAUGGAAUGCCAAUUUCCCACCUUAGGCUUGCUGAGCAACUAAUAAACACCUGCUAUCAAAUGUAUGCCAAUACUGCAACUUUUCUGAGUCCUGAAAUUGCCCACUUCAACCUGAAAAAUGAAAAAUCAUCAGAUAUUAUCAUCAAGAGUAAUGAUGCUCAUAACCUCUUACGCCCUGAAACUGUUGAAAGCCUGUGGUAUAUGUAUUAUUUUACUCGUAAUGAGACUUAUCGUUCUUGGGGGUGGAAUAUCUUUCAAGGUUUUGAACGAUACACCAAAGUCAAAACAGGAGGCUACACCACAAUUAACGAUGUGCGUCAUCCUCUGUUUGUUAAUCCUCGUGACAUGAUGGAAAGCUUUUUCCUAGGAGAGACUUUGAAGUAUUUCUACCUUCUAUUUAGUGACCAACAAGAGCUUUCUUUGGAUAAAUAUGUAAUCAACAGUGAAGCUCACCCUUUACCUAUAUACAGUGCAAGAUAGCUGUACUUAAGUUUGCUAUUCUUUUUCAACUUCUUAAAAUUCAUGUUAGAAUUUGAUAUUUUAUUACCUGGAUAUUUAAGUGAGAAGAACUGACCUGUUCCAACGUUCUUCAUAUCAUGGUCAAAUGAAACUGGUAUUGAGAUAGUAAUAUACUGUAUGCAGUUGUUUAAAUGAAGAUGGAAAAAAUGUGGACACAAAUAUUUUAUCAUAGGGAGCCAAAUAAUUUCAUUCUUUCUAAUUGUACAAGUACUGAGACUCUGAUUCUCUGCAUACUGGAGUAUGUGUUUAUAAUACUUUAGUACAAGUUUAUAGCUCCCCAGUGGCACAGCAGUUUGUCUGCAGACUUACAACACUAGAAACCAGGUUUCUAUUCCGUGGUGGGCAGAGCACAGAUAGCCCUUGUGUAGCUUUGUGCAUAAUUAAAAACAAACAAACAAGUUUAUACUUUUAGAUUUAUCGUACUUAGGGUAAUUUUAUUUUACAAACUUUUUUUUUCUUCUCGUUUGUACUAAUGGGACAGGUGUGAAUUUGUUGUUUUGUAUAAUUAUAGGUUUAUUUUUAUUAUAUGUUUAUUAUACUUUGCUGUAAGUAUGUGUACUGUAUGUUUUUU